AUGACUCCAAGGCCAUUCAAGAGGAAGCCCGAGCUUACAGCGGAACCAACAGCGGAGUACCACAGGCCACCAACUGUCAUCAAUUUCGAAGAGAGCCUUUCGGAGGAGGACAAAUCGGUCAUACGACGGAUUCGUCCCUCAGCGCUGUUACGCAAAUUUAGGUUUGGGAGGAGAGCCGAGGAACCGGACGAGUCCGAGUCGACCUCGGGAACUUUUGUCACCGCGCGGUCAACACAACCGCUGACACCAAGGACGGUCAUGUCCAGCAGGCCGGUGUUCCACCUUCCACCGUGCGAUUUCGCACAGUAUGUGGGUCGUGAAGAUCCACGAGCAUUCGUCACGUUCCUCCGCCAAUUUCGGCGGUUUGCGAACAACCACGGGUUCACACCCGAAGAGCGCCUCGCCCGGCUCCCGGCAUACCAUGCGGGAGAUGCGGCAGAGGUGUACGAGUCGCUGCCAGAAGCAGCAAAAACGGACUUCACAGUACUAACGCACGAACUCUCAAAGCAAUUCGCAGCGGGCGCCAAAGAGUUAACUUGCCGGGACAAGUUUCAAACCCGGACACUGAGGCAAGGUGAAUCGCUACAUAUGUAUCUGGCGGAUUUGAGAAACCUGCUCGAACUGGCAUACCCCGCGGCAACCACGUCGGAAGUCACACGCCAAAAGCUGCUGCGCCAACAAUUUGUCAAAGGGCUGCACCCCAAACUGAAGCAGGCACUUUUCUUUAGAGAUGCUGACCAAAUAACGGACAUCUCCGAGCUCCUCAAAACCGCGCAAGACACCGCCGAACACCUCACACAGAUAGGAGAAGCCAAACGUGGCCGCAAUUGA